AGAGAUAAAUAUCAGUUAAUAUACUAUACUUAAUGAAUGCAAUGGAGAGAAUAUCUCACCAAGAGCAUUUUUCUAGUAUUGUAUAUAUUCGAGUCAAACAGCAAAGUGUCUUCAAACCUUUGAGACCAUGAUGAAGUAUAGUUUUUUGUGCAUAUGUGCCCUCCUGGUAGUCAUCCCAAAUGAAGCUCAAUUGAUUGGCACCCAUAGUGGUUCUGUUGGGACUGGUGAUGUUAAUUUUGAGCAAUGCAGGACAGCCUGUCCAGUUAACACAGACGAUUCUAAACCUGUCUGUGGUUCAGAUGGGAGGACGUAUCCCAACGUAGAAAGUUUGGCAUGCGCAGCUAGAUGCGGCAGAGAAGUGAGAGUAGAGUACGAAGGUUACUGUCCAAAUGACCGCUUUUGAGGUUUCUAUCAAACUUGGAGGGCCAAACUAUGAAGUUUUUGUCGAUUGCAUAUCGUGGACCGCAUAAAUUUGUCAAAGUUAAUAAUAUUACCGAAACUAAAAAUCACAUUUAUCGUUAUUCAACAUUUCUGUACUUCCAUACCAUACCUGAAUAAAAUGGAUAUUUGAAUUUUC